AUGGGGGAGGCACGCAGUGUCUCGGAAGAGCCGAGCGAGCCGAAACGUGAGGGAGAGAGGGUGCGCAAGGGCGACGAGUGUCGGGAUGCGGUCGUCGGCGACUGGUGCUACCGCGCGGUCGUUCGGGCCCAGACGAAGGCCAUCGUCGAGCACCCCGAGCGGUACCCGGGCCUCACCAAGGACUCGCCCUUCUCGGACUUCCAGGCACAUUUCCACAAGUACGGCGCGGCGACCUGCGGGAUGCCUUGCCCAUCACGGGCGAAGGCGAGAGCAGCGGACCACGUCACCAAGCUGGACACCGCCGCCGAUGAAGCGUCGACGAGGACGACGGACGACCACGACGCGACGGCCGCCGAUGCCGAGGCGACGACGUCCUCUGCGCUGGUGGGGCACGAGGCCGCCGAAGACCGGGCGACCACGACGACGGAGGUCACGAUGAGGCCCAGCCCAGAAGGGGCGGUUGCCGAUGGCGCCGCGGGCUCGGCUGCCGCAGGGCGGCCACACAAGGAUGCGUCGCGUAACUUUGCCGCUUGGGUGGACGCGAUGGAGGCCCAGACGGCUGGACCAGUGCAGGUGCGACACACAGAGAGGGUCGCGGACAGCUCGACCAGUACAGAUGCGGCACACAGCUCGGCCCCCACUGAGAGCUCGACCGCCACGGGCCAUGCGGAGAGUAGCUCCGCCACUACGUCUACAGAGCGGGGGGAUAAGCAUUCGUCGAAUGGUUCGACUGCUGCGGGUGCGGCGGAGAGCUCGACUAUCAUGGAAAGUUUCACCGCCACGGAGCAGGGGGAGAGUAAUCGUCAACAGCCCGUCGACGUCCGAGACAACCCUGACGAGAAUCACGCCGACAUUUCGAGCGCGUCGGCCGCUGUGGACGCGGCGGCGGCGCCGAAAGCGCGAGAGAAGGCCGUCUUGCUGGAUGCUGGCGGGCCGACUGACCCCUCGAAGGAUGGGCCCCGUGCGUACCCCUCGAAGCCUGGCUGCAUGCUCUGGAUGCACGCCGGCUGCCCAAAUCACCCUCGCCGGGCGUUCAAAGCAACCUGGUACAUGUCGAAGAACAUAAAAAAAAACACGGGGCGGGCUGAGCUACGGCGCGUGCGAGCGCAGGAGGGACGCCUACGAGAAGUUCUGCGGGUCGCAGAACUUGACCUUUUAUCCGGCUGCCUGCGGCAAGCCCCGCCACCGUGCCCCCUGUGCUCGCGGGCGGCGCCGUGGGGGCCUCUCGCCCCGCAAGCCGUGCGCUGGCGCUCGCCGGGCUCUCGGGGGCCUCUGAGCUCGGCGGCGCCCCGCGGGCGCCCUCGGCGCCCGGCUGCUUCCUGUGGACGGGCGGCGGCUGCCCGCUGCACCCAAGCAGGUCGAAGCCCAACUGGCAGAGGGACGACGGGCGCGGCGCCGGGAGCUCCGCCGCCUGCGAGCAGCGGAGGGACACCUUCGACAGGUACUGCCAGGGGAGUGGCACGGUGUUCUACUAUCGCGGCCUGGCGGAUGCGGGCGCCCCUCCCUCCCCUACCUCCGCGCCCCCCUCCCUCCUCGUCCUGA